AUGGGUGGUCGAGAGGCUAGGCGUUGCUACGUAAAACUCCUCUUGCUGGGGUUUAUUGGGUUCACCUUCGCUCAUCCCCAAGUGGAGUGUCCAACGGACGGGAAGCAGUACCUGCUACCCCACGAGAAUGACUGCUCCAAGUUUUAUCCCUGCGUUCGUGGAAGAAAGCAGGUGGAUGCAAUAAAAUGCCCCGGGAGUACGCUGUUCUCUUUUGAGAAACAAAUUUGCGAGCAAGCUCACUUAGUGGAGUGCGUCACUAAGGUGGUCGGCAGAAGCGCGCAAAUUGGUUGCCCCACCCACUUCUUUGGUGUACUUCGACUUCCGCAUGAAAAUGACUGCAGUAAAUAUUAUAACUGCGUGCAAGGGAGUCGGAUUCUUGUCAAUUGCGAAUCUGGGAAACACUUCAAUGCCAUCACGCAGAAUUGUGAAGACCCUGGUAAAGCCGGAUGCUCUAAUUCCAAUGCUGCAGGACAGGAUGGUCAAGAUGGGCAUGAUGGAAUAGAUGGGAUUGGUAUUGGUGCUGGAAGUGCCGGUUUAGGAGGUGCUGGAGGCGUCAGUAACGGUGGAAAUGGUGGAAACGGAGGAAACGGCGGAAAUGGAGGAAACGGCGGUAAUGGAGAAGGUGUCCAUAGCAGUGGCAUUCAAUUGCUGCCAAACGGCUGCCCAGCUGACGGAAGGGUUGAAUUGCUUUUACCUCAUCCGGAUUGCACAAAAUUCUAUCAAUGUGUCCAUGGUAAUAAAGUAGCUAUGCCAUGCGCUCCUACUACAUUCUUCAAUUUUGAAAGCCAGGUAAUUUCCGAUGUGACGCAACUGAAUGCAAUCCUGGUGGUGAUGGAGGGAACGGUGGAAACUGUGGUGAUGGAGGAAACGGUGGAAACUGUGGUGAUGGAGGAAACGGUGGAAACUGUGCGUUGCGACUGGCCCCACAUAGCAAAUUGCGUGCCAGGUAAUGGCGCAGGUGAUGGAGAUGAAUCGGAACCAGGAAAUCAAGAUCAAAAAUGCAAAGACGAUUGCCACGUUCCGUUCUGGAGACAUGAAACGGAUUGUGAUAAGUUCUGGAGAUGUGAAGCUGGCAGAGCGGUGAUUGGAGUAUGCUCCCAAGGUCUCUUCUUUAAUCCAGACAAACAAUCGUGUGAUUAUAUUUGCAACGUUGAUUGUGUUAGAAAUGACGUACAAUCCACACCGCUUGCUGAUGGAUUAGAACUCUUCAUACCCUGGGAUAAGGUAGACAGUCUAAGCGAUCUUACGAAAAAAGAUAAACUUCGUAGAUACAGUUUGGGAAACUAUUAA